AUGGCGUUGCUAUUGGUUCAGAAAAAUGUUGAGGCUCCCAGUGCUGAGGCACACUGCCGCCGUCGCGGUGCUCACCCCAGCAACCACGCUGCCCUGAGGUACCCGGCAUUGAGGCACGUUGCCGUCGUCGCGUUGCUUACUCCGGCAACUGCUCGCUCGGAUCGUUCCAUCGAUUCAGCUCACGACCGCCACACCUGUAGCACCAACUCAUAUACCUCUUACCCCUGGAGGCGAAGGGGUGGGCCCAAACGUGUGACUCGGAAAACUGUGCGUCCUAGCCGCGACCAAGAUACAACACGAUCGUUGGAUGAUACGCUUUCUAUCCCUCAGCCCCCUAUGCCACCUUCACUCGUCUCUACCGGUUACAACUUCGGACUCAAACUCCUCUCCUGGUUCAUUGCCAGGCCCUCAUUUUUCCCUCACGAUGAAGAAGGCGACCAUGUGCAUGAGGACGACACUGGCAAGAAAAACUUCGACUUCACCGGCGAACUUAAUCGUCUGAACCAGGGUGGUGUACGACUUAGCUUCGUAGAAACAGUUGGAAGAGGCUUUCAAGGUUUCCUUUCCGAUUCUGGCUCCGCAUCAGAGUCGCGCGCGACUUCCCCUGCGUCACUGGACUGGGAGCUCCCCGCGGAACCUAAAAGAAACCUUAAUCGAACAUGGGAGCUGAAUCCAGGCCUCCAGUUUGGCAUGCCAACAGCGCCGUUAAACAUUGCUGCCCCAACGAAGGGACUUCACUCUCGCACGAACAUUGAGACCGGUAACUUAACUGCUCGCGAGAUUGAAUUUCUCGAAGAUUUGGAUACGUCAAUGUGUACCUUCGCCCGCGUGCCCAAUGAACCUCCAUGA